UGUACGUGGAUCUGCUGUCUCUGCGUCGCUUUUCUGAUAGUUUCUUCACGCCCCCUUGGCCACGCUUGGGCGCGCUUGUACGUCACCGUGGGGAGCUCUUGUUGGUGGGUGCGGCAGCAGAGAAUAAAACAGCUCUCAGCACCAAAAACCCCACGCGCUCACUCACGAUCACACGAUCCACCUCAUUCUGCCCUCACCGUCCACAGCCGUGGCUUGUUCCGCCCAGUCUAGUCCCUUUAAUUAGCGCCCCAGCAACUAUCGUGAAAAUCCAGAUUCUCCCCGUCCGCCCACCGCCUCCGCCUCUUCUCCUCACUUUCUCAACAAGCAAUUGGCACAGCUUUCACUCACAUAUUCGCCUGCCAACAUGUUCAGGCCCACAGUCUUCCGCCAGGUGGCUCGCGCUGCCAACUCCCAUGUCUCACAGACUACGUUUCGACGCCCCGUCCCUGUGUUCAGAUCAGUACGCAACUUCUCCCACACCCCAUACAGGGCCGACGAGCCUCCCCGCGACGACGAGUUUGAUGCUGCCAGCACUGCCGGCGAGCCUGGCGAAUCUGGCGACCAUGAGGGCCAGUUUGCCCGUACCGACAAGUCAGUGCGUGUAGAGUACCCUGAGGAGAAGGAUCUGCCCUCCUCGCAGCCUGUCCAGGGCCGCGGUGGUUUCCAUUUCAAGCGCACAUUGGCCUCCUUCUCUCUGGAAGGCCGUGUUGGUGUUGUCACUGGAGGUGCCAGAGGUCUGGGGCUGGUCAUGGCACAGGCCCUGGUCGUCAGUGGAGCAGAUGUCGCUAUUGUGGACAUGAACCGCGACGAAGCCCAGCGGUCCGCAGAAGGACUCAUUGAGGCCUUCAAGGAGGAGAACCCAGGAGCAGAUAAACUGCCCAAGGUCACCGCACAUUUCUGCGAUGUCUCCAGCCCAACAUCCGUCAACCAGGCCGUUGCAGACAUUAUCAAGACCCAUGGCAAGAUCGACAACCUCGUCACCUCUGCUGGCUUCACCGAGAACUACGAUGCUAUCUCUUACCCACACGACCGGAUGCAGAAGCUCUGGGGCGUAAACGUGGACGGCACAUACCUGUUCGCCGUUGCCGUGGCGAAGCAUCUCAUGGAGAGGGAAGUACCGGGAAGCAUUGUGUUCAUCGGGAGCAUGUCCGGUGCCAUUGUCAAUGUUCCCCAGCCGCAGGCUCCUUACAACGCUGCCAAGGCGGCCGUCAGGCAUUUGGCCGCGAGUUUGGCAGUUGAAUGGGCCCAUGCUGGCAUCCGUGUCAACUGCAUCAGCCCUGGCUACAUGCUUACUGCACUGACGAAGAAGAUUCUUGAUGACAACCAGGAUCUCCAGAAGCAGUGGACUUCUCUCAUUCCUCAGGGUAAGAUGGGUCGCCCAGAGGACCUCAUGGGAGCUGUCACCUUCCUGGCUAGCGACGCUAGCAACUACGUUACCGGCGCCGACCUUCGUGUCGAUGGCGGCUACACCGUCACCUAAGGGCAUACUGAAGUCCAGGUGGACGAUCGGAAAACGGUGUUUAUUAGAGAUACGGGCAGCUCCGCUGCGGUGCAUGCAUGGACUUGCCAGGAAGCUAAUGGCAAGUUCUGCAAUGGUGAAUGGGAGUUGGGCCUGACGAUUGGGACAUGCAAUACAUUCCGCAGGUGUUAUUCUCCAGCAUGGCUAGCUUGUAUUUCGGUUCUACUUACGGAUCCUGCAAGCAGCUCUUCGGCUUUUCACAAUCAAACCUUUGUCCCUGCGAUCUUUGCGCGUCCUUCAACAUAUAGAUUCCUGUGAUACUGAAAUGAAACUCCUCGGAAAGAGCCUCAUGAUAGUACCCCGCGUUGUGAAUUUUCUCUGCUGGAUUUU